AUGUGGAUGGCGCAGUCUCUCAGGGGUAUCAUAAACUCGAAAAAUGAGACCCCCCUGUUACGUUCGCACAAUUUCAUAACUUAUAUCCCAGAGAUGUUGCAACAGUCGCCUCUCCAGCACGAAGACCUUCAAACCAACACGAUUCCAUUGGAAGUUACUUCCGCAACAAAUACCCAAACACCUUUACACCCACAGACACGCGAUCCGACUUCUCAUGCAAUUGCAACGUCCUCUGUUCAACGGUCUUCGUUCGUUAUGGCAUCACCUGCUGGAGCUGCAACCGCUGCAUCAGAAACUGUUGCAACGCCGUUGACAAGAUUUAAUAUGAACUUAACAACUUCGGUUCCUCAAAUACCUGGAAAUCCAGAGAUUCUAACACAGCAAGUCAUUCAACAAACAACUUUAAAAUAUCCUCAUCCCACUCAACAGGUACCAGCACCUAUUUCCAUUCUUCUGAUCCCAGAACGAGCUGAAGAACUUUUGGGUGCCUUAACCAUUGAACAACUGUCAUUAAUUGAAAAGUCAGUGCAGCGUGUAAAAAGGAAAAAGACUAAAGAGACUAAAAGGCUCAACACUAAUGGCAACAACGCUAAUGGCGUUAUUAAUGUCGAUUUAAACAAUUCCGAUUUACUUGAAAACCCUAAAUCAAAUACAUCCAAACCUCCAAUUUUAACACCAAACCCUCUACCGUUACCUGUUAGCCUUGGUGACACUAUCUCAUCCUUUGUUACUUCAUCGAAUACAAACGUCAGAACUCAGUCACAAGAUCAACAUCCAGAUCAACAUUAUCAGCAAGCUAAACUCGACCACCCGCAACAUCUUCAGCAACCAAUACAACAUCAAUUGAUUCAAUCACAACAAAACAAACAAAUUCAAAUACAUGCCUCAUUAUCACGACAGGAUACUUCACAAGAAACUGUUCCUCGUCAAAACACCAAUGAUAUUAAUAAUCCCACUCCUAAUCAUGCUCUUCCGGCCACAGAUCCAAUCAUUGUGAUGCAUGAAGGCGUCCACUGGGUUGUUUUUACAUAUUCCGUAAAAGGAAAUAAUAAAGAAUAUCGCAUACGUAUCGAUAUUGAGAGUAUCAAUCUUGAUAUCAUCGAUGAAAAAUUCAGACGCGAGAACUGUCUUUACCCAAGAGCAAAUUGCACUGAAGAUAAGUACAAAGGCAACCGAUGGUCUUAUGAAAAGGAAUGCAAUGAAUUAGGAUGGAAAUUGGCAUGGCUUAACAAAGAAGAAAUUGGAAAUAGACGAGGACUGCUACAACGAGCAGUGGACAGUUAUCGAAAUCGUGAUCCAUCAUUGCGUUCCCGGAGGGUUGUCCGAAAUGAAAAGAUUCAGAACGGAACGCUGCGUAAAAGAAUCACGAGAGACAGUGAUGGGAAUGAUGGUUCACCCGAAAGUUCUGCAAAGCGACCACGUGGUGCAGGUAGACAAUUAACAAUAGAGUCAACCGUGAAAGGCGAAGUCUCAAAGAUUCGUAUACGAGCUGAUAUAGAAUGUGUAUCUAUUUCGGAAAUACCGGAUGAUUAUAAAAGAGAUAAUUGCGUAUAUCCAAAGGCACUAGCUGAGAAAGCCGACUAUCAAGGAUCAAAUUGGGAACUAGAAUCGAGUUGUAAUGAAUUAGGUUGGAAAUUGGCCUUCCUGAAUCGUCCAAAACUCGACGGAAAAAAAUUGCUUCUUCAAAAAGCAAUAGAACUAUAUCGAGAAAAAUACAACAAAGCAGUGCGGCCUCGUAGAGGAAGAUACUCACAUACCCUUUCUGCCAAAUUUUUCGAGAAUCAUCCUCGUGAGGUCGAUCCAGAUAAUAACUAUACAACACCUUCGACGAUAGAAAACAAGAUGGCGACUUCGGAUACCACCAACACGUCGAUUUCGUCAACGUUAUCCAAUCCGGAACCCAGAACAUCAUCUUUAACGGCGAGCGAUUCGAAUUCGAAUUCAAAUAGUAACGUUGGAAGUGCACACAUGGAAAUUAGUGUGGAAGAUUAA